GUGGCGGCGGUACGGAUGAGCGCUCAGGGGCUGGAGCUCCUAGGGUUUAUAGACCCAGUGUGUGUGACCAACAUAAGCGCCAGGCACAAUGGAGAAAAUGUGAGUGUGAGUGUUUCCUACAGUGGGGAAGAGGCGACAGUUGUGUGGGCAUGGAACGGGGGAGCCCUGCCUGAGAGACACCAGCUGAGUGACAGUAACAAGACUCUCACUGUACCCAGUACUGACACCGGCACAUUCACCGUCCUUGUCUCCAACCGAGUCAGUCACAGCAGCGCUCACUAUAACCUCACACUGACAGUUAUGAAAGUUGUGAGGAGAUGCUUUUUGCAGCCCCCGGUAACUUGUGGGGUACUGCCCCCUGAGGCAAGCUCUCCUGCCAACCUGCUGCAGUUAAACAAAACCCCGCAGCAAACAAACAACCUGGUCUUUCAAGGGCUGAUGAAAGCUGCAGUUCUACAGUUGCAGUUAGUUCAGGGGAAGAGAUUCCAUCUCAGAUAUUACCGCUUCUUCCUUGCGAUGGUAUACACUAUAAUGGAGAUUAAUGCGUCUGAUGAUCUUCUGCCCAAUAUAACACUGGGCUAUAAACUCUAUGAUUCUUGUUACAAUGAGGUUCGAUCAUUAAUGGGAGCUGAAUGGAUUUUGUCGGGGAAGGAAAAAGUGGUGCCCAAUUUUGACUGCAACAAAGAUAUCAUGCCAUUGGCUAUUAUUGGGGAUUUGCCCACUAAGGCCUCUAUACCUUUAGCCAGGAUCAUGGGACUGAACAGAUACCCACAGCUAACAUCAGCUAUUAUCCCUAUCCAACAGGUUAGUUAUGGUUCAGUCCACCCUUCACUGAGUGAUAAAACACAGUUCCCUUCAUUCCUCAGAACCAUCCAUAAUGCCAACUAUGAGGUUUUUGCGCUUGCUCAGUUGUUGAAGUACUUUAACUGGACCUGGGUGGGCAUCAUAUUCUCAGACAAUGACUUGGGAAGAUCAGGGGCUCAGCUGGUGAGUCGAGAGAUUGAGAAUAAUGGCGGCUGUAUUGCAUUUAAUGAGAUACUUCCCAUAGUCAACUUUAUGGAGUCCGUCUACCGUAUCAUUGAUGUCAUCCAGAAAUCCAGAGCAACAGCGAUCAUUGCGUAUUGCACUAUAGAAAGCUUCAUCCCAUUAAUUGAGGAGGCAUCAAUUCACAAUAUCACUGACAAAGUGUGGCUGGGCACUACCAGUUGGACCAUAUCAUCUGACUUUCCUAGAAAAGAUUUUCUAACUACGUUGAAUGGAAGUCUUGGAAUAGCAGUUCAAAAUAGGAAAAUUCCUGGAUUUAAGGAGUUUCUUUACAAUAUUCACCCUUCCGUUUAUUUGGAUGAUCUUUUAGUAAAGACCUUUUGGGAGAAUGCAUUUCAAUGCGUUUGGCCAGAAAAUGGCACCUACAAUAAUUCAUCUCCGGCACCACAUAGGGAAGAUAUUGUUUGGUGCACAGGGAAGGAGAGAGUGGACAGUAUUGAUCCCAAUAUAUUUGAUGUUUCCAAGUUCAGAUUCACACACAAAGUGCAUAACGCAGUCCUCUCAGUAGCACAUGCUUUGCACCAGAUGAACAACUGUGUUCCAGGGAAAGGGCCCUUUAAGAAUGGAUCUUGUGCUGAUAUUUAUAAUCAUCAACCCUGGCAGCUACUGCAUUACAUAAAGCAUAUUAGGUUCAACAACACGGCAGGGGAUGAGAUAUAUUUUGAUGAGAAUGGGGACGUUCCUCUCUAUCUGGACAUCUUGAAUUGGCAGAUGUUCCCUAAUGGAAGCAACCAGUAUGUUGACAUUGGCGGCUUUGAUGCACGGGCUCCAAAGGGCCAAGAACUCAAGAUACAGAACAACAAGAUUUUAUGGAACAUCGGACAGGACAAAAUCCCUGUGUCAGUGUGCAGUGACCCUUGCCCAAGAGGCCACAGAAGAGCCACCAUUCAAGGACAAAAGAUCUGCUGCUUUGAUUGUCUGCCGUGUUCUGAAGGAGAGAUUCUCAACCCAAAAGAUAACAGUGAAUGUCUAAAGUGCCCAGAAGACCAAUGGCCUGAUGGAAUGAAAGAAAGAUGCCUUCCAAAGAUAAUUCAGUUCCUUUCUUAUGAUGAGCCGUUGGGUUCCUCGCUUGCCUGUAUUUCAGUCUUGUUUUGUCUGAUUACGUUUUCUGCCUUCUGCCUGUUCAUAACUAAACGGAAGACUCCCAUAGUAAAAGCCAAUAACAGAGAGCUCAGCUACCUACUUCUCAUCUCCCUCAUGUUUGGCUUCCUGUGUUCCUUGGCAUUCAUUGGCAGACCCAACCUGAAGACGUGCAUGAUACGCCAGGUCCUGUUUGCUGUUAUUUUCUCAUUUUGCAUUUCAGUCAUCCUAGCAAAGACUGUCACUGUCAUCAUGAUAUUUAGUGCCACAAACCCAGACAGUAAGCUGAAAAGAUUGGUUGGACUGAGAAUACCUGUUUAUAUUGUCCCUGUGUGUACAAUGGUACAGAUAAUUCUAUGCAUUGUUUGGUUGGCCAGGGCAGCUCCAUUUGCAGAAUUCAAUAUGGCGGCAGAAAUAGGGAUAAUAGUGAUUGAGUGCAAUGAAGGCUCUAGGGUGUUAUUUGCAUGUGUGCUGGGGUAUAUGGGUUUGUUAGCAGCUAUUAGUCUAUUGGUUGCCUUUUUGGCUAGGAAGCUCCCUGACACAUUUAAUGAGACCAAGUUCAUCACAUUCAGUAUGUUGGUAUUUGCCAGUGUUUGGCUGACAUUUAUACCCGCUUACCUCAGUACCAAGGGGAAACAGACGGUGGCAGUAGAAAUCUUUGCUAUACUAUCUUCAAGUGCUGGACUUCUUGUUUGCAUUUUUUUCCCAAAAUGUUAUAUAAUAUUAUUGCACCCGGAAAUGAACACCAAACAGUAUAUCACUGGAAGGAACACCAGGAACCGAGGGACAUGAUUAAUACCAUAGGUGUGGAACUGGGGAGCCAGAGGGGCCAAACGUUUUUACCCCUGGUUCCAGGUUUAAAUGCCGGCAUGACUCGGUGCACAUUUCACACAAAGUCGUGUCGUGACCCCGCCCCUGCUGAGCGGAAAUAUCUUCUACUGUCUGUAUAUUACACUAUUUAAUGUUAUGCAAAUAUUAAACUCCUUCCGAAAUGUA